AUACAGAUCUUGAAGGAUACCACCACCUACUUGUCCCAUUCCACACCAAACCUUGCUACUGCAAUCCCAGACAUUGAUCACAUUGACAAAUCACUCACUACCCAUCCCUCCAACAAGAACUUGAAUACCACCAUUCAUGCUACUCUCACUGUUGGCAAGAAAACCUUGGACAGGUACUAUUCCCACUCUUCUCAAACAGACUGCAUGGAAAUGGGUAAGUUUUAA